CACGAGCGUUGCUGCCAUGGCGACGGCCGUGUCCGCGAGGGAGGGGAAGGACGCCCGUUAAACGGCCGCCGAUUGAUUGACUGCUGCUGGCGGGACCCCGCAGUGAGUCAUCGUCCCUGAGCCAUGGCUUUACGGAAGGGGCCCCUGCUGUCGGUGCAGCUGACCGCCAACAAACUCCAGAGCCAGAUUGAUGCCUUGUUGAAGGAAGUUAAACAGCCUGAAAAAAGAGAGAAAGUUUAUGAGAGGUGUAUCCUACUAAAGAAUUCAGUGGAUGAAACCUUGGAGACAUUACACAAGUUGAAAAAAACAAAUGAACUUUCUCUUAUAAGUAAUUAUGAUCAACGGAAGCGAAACGAAGAGAGACGGCUGAAGGGCAUGUCAGAACUACUUCAAGAAGUUGCUCGGAGACUAAAUAAAGAGCUUGCCAAACAGAAAAUGGAUGAAACUGACAAGAAGGUAAAGAGCCAGGCUACAGUAGUGAAGAGGGAAACUGUGAAAGGUGUUGAUGGUGGUGGUGAUGAUGAAGAUGAUGAUGAAGAUGAAGAAAAUGACGAUGGAGAGGAAUUUGAUGGACAAGAUGGUGUUGAACUAUUCAUUACAAUCAGUGACUUUGAAGCUCAAGAGGAAUGGGAUCUGGCAUUUAAGAAAGGUGAAGUUUUAAGAAUCCUCGAUCAAAAACCUGAUGGCUGGUGGCUCGCAGAAAAUUCUCAAGGGGAGGAAGGUUUGGUCCCUAAAACUUACUUGCAGGUGCACAAACAGAGUCGUAAGACAUCACCAAGUGUCGCAGUCGAGAGUAGUGAUGAAGAUGAUGAUGAUGAUGAUGAUGAUGAUGAAGAAGAAGACGAUGAUGAUGAUGAAGAAAAUGAAGAAGAGUUGGGAAACAAGCCACAACAUGUUAAACAAGUAUUUGAAGCACCCAGUGGAAAAUCACAAUUACACAGGAUUGCUGUCAAAAAAAUUGUUUCAGAGAUUAAUGCCACAGAAGGACUAAUGACAAUGGGAAACAUUCCAGAAGGAUUCAGAGCAUCAACACUUGCACAGCUUUUAGCAAAUGGAAAUGAAUUCCACAUGAGUUACUAUUUGCAGCCUAAGUUAACCCAGUCCAAAUUAUACUUUAAAGAUCUUCACUGGGACAGAGUACAUGGUGGUCUCCAUCCAGUGAAGACGCACAUAUCACAUAUGUUUACGUUAUGGAGCUGUAGAAUGGUUCCUUUACCUGGGUCUGCUGUGCAGGUGCUAAGCAGGCAGGUUCGUUUCUGCCUUUUUGAUGGCCAAAAGGUUCUCAGCAACAUACAUACAAUCAGAGCAACGUGGCAACCAAAGAAUCCCAAAACAUGGAGUUUUUCUCCAAGAGUUACUGGCAUACUUCCUAGCCUGGUGGACGGUGAUUGUUUUGUUCGGUCGAAUUUCCAGUCUCCAAAUAUUGGUAUUCUGUUUGAGCUAGGUGUUACCUAUAUUCGUACUGCAACUGGACACCAAGGGGAGUUAAGUUGUGGAUGGGCUUUUCUGCAACUGUUUACUGCUAAUGGAGAUGCUGUUCCUCACAGGACCUAUGAAAUUAUAUUGAAUGGUGGAACACCUUAUGAAAAAGGUUUAGAAGUGGAUCCAACCAUUUCCAAGAGAGCUACUUUUUUUCAACAUUUGAUGGUGUCCAGAAAACAACCUAAGCUGCUGGUGAAGCUGAGGUCACCAACUAGACAAAUGAGAGCUAUUCUGAACUUACUUCCAGAAACUCUAGUUGGCCCAAAUUGCUACAUCCACCUACUGGCAUUUUAUCGACAGUUGCUUGCUGAUACACUUCAUAAAGACAGACUUAAUAUGCAAAAAGCUGCAGAUAACUUCUCAUUUAACCAUGAUAUACUCCAGCUUCCAAGAUACUGUGAACAGACUUGCAGAAAACCCAUGAUGUGGUUGUAUAUGACCUGCACUUUCAGGGAGUGGAAGGAUUUCCUGUAUACAAAAGUGUCAGAUCUCAUCUGUAACCCAGUGCUGGCGACGUUUCCGAAACUGCUGGAACAAACUGACAUUUUAGAUGCUCUUAGGAGUGCAUGGUCUGAAAAGGAAGCAACUCUCAGCUGGCCUAUGAAGAGGGAUGCAACAUUUCUGAAGAAUUUAUUUGUCCAAGUGUACCAUGACAGUGCAUAUCCUCUUCUUCAUUCCACCAUGUUACCAGCAAACAAAUGGACCGAUGAUGAAGUUGAAAUAAGCCGCUGGAAGGCCAUUGCUAACUUUUUACAAGAAAGUCAAGAAAAAAAUGGAUCCCUGUACAGCCUGCUUUCUCCAGAACAUGCUUAUCAAGUUUUUGAUAUUGCAGAGAUAAGCUAUGAUUUCCUGGGAAUGGGUAGAAACGCUGUUCCUGUAAACUGACUCUCGAAUUUGAUAUUAAAGGGGAAUAGUUUCACAAUGUUUUGAUGAACUUUACAAAUUUAUUAGAUUACAUGCAAGUGGCAUGAGGCUUUAUUAGUCUUCAGAAUUAUGAUAUUGUUGAAGGUUAUUUUUUGAAGGCCUCUUACAUCUCAACUAGUGGUGGUUUGUCAGUAUUUUCGUGCCAGAAUCCUUCAAAUAACUCCUUUUCAAGGAUUUAAUACUGCAUUUAUUUCACAGCUGUUUGUCAUAGACUUAAACUCAUGACCUUAGAAUUGCUUUUGCAUUAAAACUGUAUCUGUCCAAAUAUUUGUACCUUUACAGUUACCCAACUGUAGCUCAAUCAAUAUGUUGUGCUAAUCAUACAGAAUACUCACUCGAUGUUCUUAUUGAGACCUAUAUAUAGAUUAAAUUAUUGCAUUCGUCAAAAAAGAAUGUCAAAAUAGCCAAGCUAAGCACGUUUUGUUUUAAAGGGCCAGUGGCUUAUAAUACCUGAAUACAUCAAAUAAUUUACCAUGCGAGUCCAGUAGCUUUACUACGGUUCAUUGGAUCUUAUGUUACAUUUUCUAAGAAAUUCCUGAUGGUGACCCUUUGAAAAGUACAUUCCAGUUAGCAACUAUAAUAUAUUUGAUUGCUACUUCUUACAGCCUUAAUUGAUUGGAUCGAUUCAUGUACAAAACCUUUUAUUAAAUGUACUUUUUCAGUGAGAGGAAAUUAUGUUAUUUGUAGGUGAAUUUCGUGAUGUUGGUAACGUGUUAACAUAUUAGCUAAUAGCUAAAAGUCUUAUGCUUAAAAGUGAUGACUUAUUUUCAGUUAAAUGAAACUGACUCAAAUCAUGGACUUGAAGGGUGGUUUGUAAAUGUGUACAUAACUCAAUUAUUAAUUAAAUUCAAGAUGAGCAAAAUUUCAGGAUGAGAUUUUUCAAAAGUUGAGAUUUAAUCAAGAAAUAUGUGACUGAUUACUGGAGCAAAACCCAACGAAUUGGGAGCAGAAGUAGGUCAUUUGGCCCUUUAAUCUCUCCACCAUUCAGUAUGAUUACCUAUUUGAGGCCACCUAUUUCAGUUCUGAAUUCCAGAUAUUGAAUUUAUUCAAGACUGCAUUAGAUAGAUUUUUGAUCUGCAAGAGAGUGAAGAGUUAAGGGAAUUGUUUCAGAUUUGUGCUGUGAUCAGCCAUAAUCUUAUAGAAUGGUGGAGUAGGCAUGAAGGGCUGAAUAGCCUUCCUCUGCUCCUAAUUCUUAUGAGCUUACUUGGUCCUAGGGUUUACAUUACUAGUGUAGAUUUGAUGCCCCCAGGAUUAAAAUAUAAAACCAUGGCAAACUGAAUUGAAGUUAACAACAACAUUACGGGGACAAGAAUUUCUUCUGACCUUGAGUAGGAUGGCAAACUUAAGGGUAUGAAGUGGGUUUAAGAUUGGGCACCAUGCCAGCAGCUCUGUUACAUCAGUGCUCAUCUGCCAGCUCACUUAUGGACUUUUAGAAUUUCCUCCUGCUGCCUCUUGAGAGUUUAUCUGCAGCUCCUUGUUGCUGGCUCAUCAGUUAAAUCCUGUUUGGAACAACGUGGCUGCUUUCUGGGCAACCAUGCCCAUUCAAGAACCCCAAAGGUAUUACCAUCCACAUUCUCUCUGCUCCUACAGAUAGCACAGACUGGCUAUUGGAAGCCUGCAAGUCUGAUUGAUCCCUUUGAUUUCUGCAAGGCCUUCCCUACUGCCAUUUUGGGACCUGUUACAACCUAAUGAUUGGUAGUGCUUGUGAUUACAAUGACUUCCCUUUUGCUGUUGUAACAUAGGUUGGAUUCUCUGACUUAUUGGGAAGUUGAUCUAGACUUUGCAUAUUAUUUUGCUGUAAUAACUCCUUUUUCCCUAAACAGCAAGAAUAACUUGCCUUUAUUAAUUAAUUAUGUUUAACCACAUGAGAUAAAGGAACAGAAGUAGACCAUUCAGUCCAAUGAGCCUACUCUGCCAUUUGAUGAGACCAUGGCUGACCUGCUUAUCCUCAACUCCUCUCAACCCUAAAUAUGAAAUUUAUCCAUCCCAUAAUCAAGUUCAGCGACAGAAACUGAUGCAUUAGUCAAUAGUAAAAUGGAAGUGUGUGAUAAAUAUGUUCUCAGAGAUGGGUCUAGUACAAGCAGUACGGACUAUUGGAAAGGAAUAUGUGUCAGGAAACAGAUCUAGGUAGACAGAAAUAGUUAGCAGAAUGUGGGUGGUGGGGAUAAUGGUUGUGGUAUCUGGAGCAUUGCACAAUUUUGAAAUAAAAGUAAAUGAUUUUCCUA